AUGCAUGGAAUUACAGAUUAUAUUCUUAGAAUCUUGUCCCAGCAUUGGCUGCUUGUGUCCGGGGCUACUUUACUCCUAUGGCUGGCCAAGAAUAGAUACCAAAAUGGGCUGAACAAGUACCCCGUUCCAUUCCUGGCAUCCGUCACAGAUUGGUGGCGCUUCUUUGAUGUCUAUGCACUGCACAAAAAGUACGGCGAUGUUGUUCGGCUGGGGCCGAAUACCCUCUCAUUCUCUGACCCCAGUGCCUUGAAAUCCAUCUACGGUUUGAACAAGGGCUUCGUCAAAUCGGACUUCUACAUUGUUCAACAAUCCGUUGCAAAGGGCCACCGUCUGCAAUCUCUCUUCAGCUCAACGGAUAAUGACUUCCAUUCGAGAUUCCGUAGAUGCGUCAACUCAGCCUUUGCAAUGUCGGCCUUGGUCCAGUAUGAACCUUUUGUUGACAACACCACCAAACUCUUCUUGGAGCAGACGAAGAAACUCUUCGUUGAUAAUGGUUCAGGAUGUGACUUUACCCAAUGGUUACAAUUCUAUGCCUUUGAUGUGAUUGGAGAAAUCACCUAUAGCAAAAGGCACGGCUUCAUUGAAAAGAACGAGGAUGUCGAUGGCAUCGUCGGAUACUUGACCUGGUUAUUCCUCUACGUUGCACCCGUCGGACAAAUUCCUUUCUUAGACCUACUCUUUCUCAAGAACCCAAUCUACCUCAAGCUCUCUCAGUGGGGGUUCAUCGAUGCCACCUUCCCCGUCGCACGCUUUGCAAACAAUCGCAUGGCCGAGCGCGUGCCAGACUUGACCAGCGAGAAGGCAGAGUCUCAGGCAGUAGGCGUCAAGUCCCCGGACCUACUUUCCAAAUUCAUGGCAGCCCAUGAAUCCCAUCCCGAAUUCAUGUCUCAAACUUUGGUACAGACCAUGGCGGUCAGUAUGGCAUUUGCCGGUUCCGAAACAACCGCUAUCAGUCUUUCUGCCGUUUUCUAUUUCCUGCUCAAGCACCCUAAAGCUUUAGCACGUCUCCGAACUGAGAUCGAUGAUGCUGCACGUGCUGGAGCCUUUGGAGACAACGAGACUGGCCUUGUCACCUGGCAUGAGAGCCAGCGCCUUCCCUAUCUCGACGCUUGCGUCAAAGAAGCUUUCCGUCUGCACCCAGCUGCCGGUCUUCCGUUGGAGAGAAUCGUGCCAGAGGGUGGUGCCGAGAUUUCUGGCCAUUUUGUCCCCGGUGGAACGAUCGUUGGUUGUUCGGCUUGGCUGAUCCAUAUCAAUAAGGGGGUCUUUGGUGAAGAUGCCGAGUUUUAUCGGCCGGAGCGAUGGCUACCAGAUGAGGAAGCUGCCAAGACGGAACUGGGCAAGGCUGCUGAAGAUCGUCGUAUCAAGGAAAUGAAUGGGACUAUGUUCCACUUUGGCAUGGGCUCAAGAACUUGUUUAGGGAAAAAUAUCAGUCUGCUGGAAAUUUACAAGCUAGUUCCCAGCAUGCUGCGGAGAUUUGAGAUUCAAUUCACCGACCCCAACCAGGAAUGGGAAUUGGUGAACGCUUGGUUCGUUAAGCAAAAGAACUUCACUACAUCUUUCAAACUUCGAGAGAUUGUCAAGGCAGAGGAUAAUGUCACCGCGUCUUCAUAA